AUCAACUACACUUGCUUUACACGCGUUUUAGAUUCACACUUUGGAAACAUUUUGUUUGAAGGUAGAAGAAGAAAUAUAAUACUUGUUCUCCAGCAGUAUGGGAGGGCAAGCUAAGGGAAAAAAGAAAAAUAAACCGAAGAGGAAAGAGAACCGUCCAAACAGAGAUGCAGGGUUUGUUGGAUUGUUACCUCAGGAAAGGAUGAAACUAAGGAUGCAUGAAAAAGCCAAGAAGAAGACAGCUGAGAAGUACUCUGUGCAACAACUACUGGAGAAGACAGAGGAAUACAUGGACAGUUUUGACUAUGAGAUGGCUAGCCUUUUCUGUCGACGAGCCCUGGAUUUGGAGUCCACCAACUUGCAAGCUCUAGAUAUGCUGGGACACAUCUACUCUGAACUUGGAGACGCCCAGAAAGCUAAGGGAGUUCUUCUGCAUGCAGUUGAGUUGAGCCCAGAUGUGGGCCACAGUAAGUACAUGUACCUGGGACAGAUCCACACAGGUCAGGAGGCUGUGGACUACUACACUAGAGGAAUACAGAUCCUGCUGUCUGCAUUGGACAAACAAGCUCAGACCACACAGGCUCAGGCCGGAGCUGCUGCCCACCCAGAUGAGGACCCUGAGCUCCCCACAGCAAAAGAUGUUAGUGUAGCCUACUGCUCCAUCGCUGAGAUUUACCUAACAGACCUCUGCAUGGAGGAAGGAGCUUCAGACAAGUGCAAAGAGUUCAUUGAGAGAGCAUUACAGUAUCACCAUGACAACCCUGAGGCUUUGCAGCUCAUGGCUAGUUACCUGUUCAGUACACAGAGAAACCAGGAAGGCAGAGAAUACCUGUUGAAGAGCGUUGCAUUGUGGCUUCCUGCCCAGAAACAGAGUGCAGCUUCUUCCAGCACAGAGGAAGGCACGCAGAGUGAGAUCCCUCCGUACGAGUCUCGCAUCACCACAGCAAAACUGCUCAUCGAGUCCGAGGAAUACGAGAUGGCUGUCGAUGUGUUGGAGGGUCUUCUGGAGGAGGAUGAUGAGGUCGUCCAGGUGUGGUAUCUCUCCGGCUGGGUGUGCUACCUGCAGUUUGAAAAAGCAAAGGAGCAGCAAGAAAGAGAGGGAAGGGAAGUGACAGAGGAGGAGACGGAAGAGCGGAUGGCACUGACGGAGGCAGCCAGAUCGUACCUGACCAACGCUAAGAAGCUGUACAAUAAGCUGCGAUGUGAUGACCAGCCGAUGUUGGAGCACGUGGAGCAGCUGCUAAGUGAUCUGGGAGGAGAGAUGGAGGGAGAGGAGGGGGACCCAGACUUGGAUGAAGACUUUGAACCCUGUAGUGAUGAGGAGGAGGGCAAUGCAGAGGCACCCAUGGAGCACUGACCACACCCCCUCGGUUGUACUCUGUGAUUUCACUUUUCCCUGUCAUGCCUCACUUUAGUUUCAGUGUUCUCGUGCGCUCUCUAAAGUGCCUUUUUUUUUUUUUUUAACUGGUUAUCCUUUCACACCCACUUAUCAAAGAUGAAAUUUGAAUUCAAGUGAUAUGCACAAAAAGAGUGGCAUUAAAAACUGCAGUCUACUCAA